UUGUCACUUACAACGUUGCUUCACAAAAUUGCCCAGAUCAUAAUUUACAGGUUACAGCUUCGACCGCCAUGUUAAAAACCACCAUGCUUUUCUUUCUGACGCUUCUCUUCGUGACCACCUGUUUCGCCAAAAGUUUGAGUGAGACAGAACGUGGACUUUAUUCAACGGAUCUUGAUAUACCUGGUGAUGAUGGCUCUGUGGACGCAGCACUUCUAGACUAUCUUUUUGCUCGCCAGAUGGUGCAGCGGUUGAGAAAUAACCUGGACAUCAGCGAUCUCCAGAAAAAACGAACAUACUGGAAGCAGUGUGCUUUUAAUGCCGUUUCGUGCUUCGGGCGGAAGUAAACUUCUUAGCUAACACCGGAAACGGAUGACGUAUAAUGAAAGACUGGAACUUAAACCCAAUUCAUCAAGCUCAUGAUGCUUAUCCCAUUAAGUUUGAUUACCGUUAUCUUUUUAACUGAAAAUUCAAACGUGCAAUAAAGAAUUGAAACGAUA